CGGGUGACGCGACGGUGACGCGCGGCGGCGGGCGAUGACGCGCGUGGACGAUGGGGCAGGCGCUGUGCGUCUGUUCCCGGGGCACCAUCAGCGUGGGGGGGGCGCGGUACCUCCUGCUGCAGCGCCUGGCAGAGGGGGGCUUCAGCUACGUGGACCUGGUGGAGGGGCUGCGGGACGGGCGCUUCUACGCGCUGAAACGCAUCCUGUGCCACGACAAGGAGGACCGGCAGGCGGCCCUGCGCGAGGUGGAGAUGCACAACCUGUUCCAGCACCCCAACAUCCUGCGCCUGGAGGCACACUGCAUGGUGGAGAAGGGGGCCAAGCACGAAGCCUGGCUGCUCCUGCCCUAUGUGAAGGGGGGGACCCUAUGGAGCGAGGUGGAAGCACUGAGGGAGAAAGGAAGCUUCAUGCCGGAGCAGCGCAUCCUUCUCAUCCUCCAUGGCAUCUGCAGUGGGCUGCAGGCCAUCCACAGCAAGGGCUACGCACACAGGGACCUGAAGCCCACCAACGUGCUGCUGGAUGAGGACGACCAGCCUAUUCUCAUGGACCUGGGCUCCAUGAACCGGGCCCGCAUGGAAGUCACCAACUCUCGGGAGGCCUUGGCUGUGCAGGACUGGGCUGCCCAGCGCUGCACCAUCUCCUACCGUGCCCCUGAGCUCUUCACGGUGCCCAGCCAGUGUGUCAUUGAUGAGCGCACGGAUAUUUGGUCCCUAGGCUGCGUGCUGUACUGCAUGAUGUUCGGGGAGGGCCCCUACGAUGCCAUCUUCCAGAAGGGUGACAGUGUGGCCCUAGCGGUGCAGAACCCCAUCACCAUCCCCACAACUUCCAGGUACUCAGCCACCUUGCACCGCCUGCUCUCCUCCAUGAUGACAGUGAACCCCCAGGAACGGCCCAGCAUUGAGGACAUCCUACAGCAGCUGGAGGGGCUGCAGGCUACACCAGCCGGCCAGAUCACCACGAGUAUCUGAACGUGGCCCAUCACUGGCCUAGGCUGUGCUGGGCUACCCUGGGCCUGCUUCCCCCUGGGGGGAUUUCUGUGCCCUGGGGAGAGCUGCUCCAUCCUGGAGGUGUUUUGGAGUCAGACUGUCGUUUGGGGGUGUGCAGUGCAGUGGUUUGUACCCUGAACGCUGCCGCUGGGGCCUGUGCGACCGCUGGGGUCUGCAUGGCUGCUGGGGCCAAACGGGCCAGCACUAGGCUGCAGGACUGGCACACGUGCCCUGUUGCUGAGGGCAAGGCCUCGCUGCCCGCCCCGAGCCCACAGGGUGGCAGGUCUCUCCUGCCCCAAAGUAUGUGCUGCUGGAACGAGGUGAGGGCAGGUGGGGCUCAGUGCCCGCUGCCUUGACACCCACGUUGCCUUGUGUUUUGAAUAAAGGUGUUCUUGAUGAGGUGU